AUGGAGCGAGCGGAGCGCUGGGCGUACGGCGCGCUGUGGGCGGCGCUGGGCGGCAGCCUGGCGCUGCGGGCGGCCCGGCGGGACGUGGUGCUGGGCCGGGCGCUGCUGGUGCCGCUGGCGCUGCUGGCAGCCCUGCAGAGCCUGUGCCGAGCCUGCCUGCCCCUGCCCCUGGGGCUCGCCCUGGCCGCCGCCGCCGCCUGCCUGCUGCUCCGCCGGGCCCCGCCGCGCAGGUUGCUGCCGGUGGCGGGCAGAGCCGUGCUGGUGACAGGCUGUGACUCCGGCUUCGGGCAGGCGACGGCGCGACACCUGGAUGCUUUGGGCUUCCGCGUGUUCGCCAGCGUGCUGGACCCGCGGGGCCCCGGCGCCCAGGAGCUGCAGAAGAGCUGCUCGCCCAGGCUGACGCUGCUGCAGAUGGACCUGACCAAGCCUGAGGACAUCCAGCGAGUCCUGCAGCACAUCCAGGCUCACACCAACAGCUCAGGUCUCUGGGGUUUGGUGAACAACGCCGGCUUCAACGACAUCAUCGCGGACGCAGAGCUCUCGCCGCUGGGCAACUUCCGCACCUGCAUGGAGGUGAACUUCUUCGGCUCGCUGGAGCUCACCAAGGGGCUGCUGCCCCUGCUCCGCUCCGCCGGCGGCCGCAUCGUCACUGUCAGCAGCCCAGCGGGUGACCUGCCGUUCCCCUGCCUGGCAGCCUAUGGGGCAUCGAAGGCUGCCCUCAGCCUGCUCAUGGACACCUUCCGCUGUGAGCUCCAGCCCUGGGGUGUCAAAGUCAGCCUCAUCCUGCCAGGGUACUUCAAAACAGGAACGUGCGACCCUGCCUUCUGGAACCUGCAGAAGCAGCAGCUGGUGGCCCGCCUGCCCCAGGAGCUGCUGCAGGCCUAUGGCGAGGACUACGUGGAGGAGAUCAACCGGCAGUUCAUCCAGUUCAUGAAGGUGGCCGUGGAGGACCUCAGCGCGGUGGUGAACAGCAUCACGGACGGGCUCCUGGCUGCCAACCCCGCCGUGCGCUACUACCCAGGGCAGGGCCUUGGGCUGAUGUAUUUCAUACACCGCUACCUGCCCUAUUUUGUCCGAGACUUGUUCUUGAAAGGAUUAUUCAUCAACCCCAAGCUGCCCCGAGCGCUGCGGCCGGAGCAACACACCGAGGCGAAGGAGGCCUGACCUCGGCCCGCAUGCGGUCGCGGGGCAGGAGGGAGCCUUCUCCUGGGAUUUCCAGGCACAGCAGCCCCCGAGCGUGUGCGCAGCUGCCGACAUCAUCGCCCUUGUGCACCACGGGGGAACAAUCAGCACUAGACCUAAAACCAAAUCGCUUUCCCAAAUCAGGCAGAUGCAGAUCUAUUUUCUAUCAUGCGAGAAUCAACGUUUUUCUAGAGACUUUUUUUUUUUUUAUAUAUAUUUUUUCUAACCGUGCAUCCUGCAACGGGGCCACUCUUGCCUGACUCUGCAUCUCCGCACCAGGCGCUGGGACGUACCUGGGGCACUUCUCAGCUCUGUGACAGCUCCCUGACCGCUGCUGGAGCUGCAUCCGUCUCCAUCACCUCGCAGCUGGGUCAGGCGCGGGGCGCUGCGGAUGCUGCCGUGCCAGCCCUGCCUCCCCGCAGUUCGUUACACACUCCACGAGCUCCCAGCGAGAGCAGGGGCCGAGGCCAGGCUGUGGGCACUGCAGAGCUCUUCACCAGAUGAACUACGUGAUUGUCACUUUUUAAAUAAAUCUCUUCUUGAUAAGCCA